AUGGGCCAGCAACAAACCAGUUUUGGCGGAAAACGUGGAGAAGAACUUUUCAUACAGGAAAAGAAAAGGAAGUAUGAAGCCCCUAUACCAACCAGAAUAGGGAAGAGGAAAAAGGGCGGAAAGGGUCCAGAUGCAGCUACAAAACUUCCUACAGUAACACCCCACACUCGGUGCCGUCUAAGGCUGCUUAAGUUUGAACGCAUUAAAGACUAUUUGUUGAUGGAACAAGAGUUUAUUCAAAAUCAAGAACGUUUAAAACCGCAAGAGGAGAGACAGGAAGAAGAGCGCGCAAAAGUGAAUGAUCUUCGGGGUACGCCAAUGGCUGUUGGCAGUUUGGAAGAAAUAAUCGAUGACCAGCAUGCUAUAGUUUCUACUAAUGUUGGAAGCGAACACUAUGUUUCAAUCCUUUCGUUUGUCGAUAAAGAACAGCUAGAGCCAGGUUGUGCGGUGCUUCUAAACCAUAAAACUCAUGCUGUGAUUGGUGUCCUCGCUGAUGAUACCGACCCUAUGGUGUCUGUUAUGAAACUAGAAAAAGCCCCGCAGGAAACCUAUGCUGAUGUUGGGGGUCUAGAUCAGCAAAUACAGGAAAUCAAAGAGUCCGUCGAACUUCCCCUUACUCAUCCAGAAUAUUACGAGGAAAUGGGAAUAAAACCACCAAAAGGGGUUAUCUUGUAUGGUUCUCCUGGCACGGGCAAGACUUUGUUAGCGAAAGCAGUGGCUAAUCAAACGUCAGCAACAUUUUUACGGGUUGUUGGGUCGGAGUUAAUACAGAAGUAUUUGGGGGAUGGCCCUAAAAUGGUCCGGGAACUGUUCCGCGUUGCAGAGGAACAUGCACCAUCAAUUGUCUUCAUAGACGAGAUUGAUGCUGUGGGUACAAAAAGAUAUGAUUCCAACUCAGGUGGCGAGCGUGAAAUCCAAAGGACCAUGUUAGAACUGUUAAACCAGUUGGACGGAUUCGACUCAAGGGGUGAUGUCAAGGUACUAAUGGCAACAAACAGAAUUGAUUCUUUGGACCCGGCUCUAAUUAGACCAGGAAGAAUUGACAGAAAAAUUGAAUUUCCUCUCCCAGAUGAGAAGACAAAACGUCGGAUUUUUCAAAUCCACACGUCGCGGAUGACUCUUGCUGACGAUGUGAAUUUGGAUGAAUUUGUAACCGCUAAAGAUGAAUUAAGCGGCGCCGACAUAAAAGCUAUGUGUACGGAAGCAGGUCUACUUGCACUUCGAGAACGUCGAAUGAGAGUAACCAUGGAUGAUUUUAAAAAGUCGAAGGAGAACGUAUUGUAUCGGAAAAAAGAAGGAGCACCUGAAGCUUUAUAUCUUUAA